AAGCUAACUCACUAACAAAUCACGUCCAACAAUGGCUGCAAUGGUCUGGGUAUUGGCUUUAGCUAGCCUUUGCUCUCCGCUAGCCUCAAUCAAUGCCCAAGGACCAGCAGGUGCACCUUCCAAAUUGCCAACUUCAACCCCUUCAGCACCAUCUACAUUGCCAACCACAAACCCAGUUGCACCCUCCACAUUGCCAAGCGCAACCACAGCUGCACCAUCAAAGUUGCCAAGCACAACCACAGUUGCACCCUCUACAUUGCCAACCACAACUCCAACUGCACCCUCCACAUUGCCAACAGCAACUUCCCCCUCUUCUGGCACACCAUCAGUAGCCAAACAACCACCAAUUGUGGCUACAAGCCCUGCCACCUCAAAGAAACCACCAGCAGCAUCUUCUCCCACUACUACUACCAACCCACCCACAGCAACCACAACCACAGCUGCACCCUCCAACUUGCCAAAUGCAGCUUCCCCCACUUCUACCAUAAAACCACCCAUUGUGACGACAACCCCUCUUCCCUCAAGGAAGCCACUAAUAGCAACCUCUCCCACUUCCACCACUCAGUCGCCUGUCAAAUCACCACUUCCCAAGGUUGCAUCUCCAACCUCAUCUUCUCCUGUGAAAUCACCACUUCCUAAGGUUUCUUCUCCAACAACAUCUGCUCCUAUGAAAUCACCAGUUCCCAAGGUCGCAUCUCCAACGUCAUCUGCUCCUAUAAAAUCAACAGUUCCAAAGGUUUCAUCUCCAACAUCAUCUGAUCCUGUUAAAUCACCACUUCCUAAGGUAGCUUCUCCAACAUCUGCUCCUGUGAAAUCAACAGUUCCUAAGGUUUCAUCUCCAACAACUGCUCCUGUGAAAUCACCAGUUCCCAAAGUUACAUCUCCAGCAUCUGCUCCUGUGAAAGUACCUGUUCCCAAAGUGACAACUCCAACAUCUGCUCCUGUUAAAUUACCAGUUCCUAAAGUUACAACUCCAACAUCUGCUCCUGUUAAAUUACCUGAUCCCAAGCCACCAACAUCUACUCCAGUGAAAUCACCUGUUCCCAAAACUACACCACCAAAACUUGCUCCUAUGAAGCCACCUGUUCCCAAGGUUGCACCAGCAUUAAGUCCAAAACCCCCAGCCCCCAAAAUCCCACCACCACAACCCCCCAAAAAAGCACCUAUUCCACUACCACCAGCUGUUCCCCCACCAUUGCCACUACCACCGGCUGAUUCACCACCACCGCUGCCUCCUCCAAAAGUAUCCCCAACACCAGCCAAAGCACCGACACCAGCCAAAGAAACACCAACACCAGCACCUGCACACAAAAAGAAAUCACCAAAACCAUCACCUGUUCCUUCACCCCUAAGUGACACGCCAACACCUGCACCAACGCCAGCAAUAGAAACACCAACACCAGCACCAGCACCUGAAGAUGACACCCCAGAACCACCACCCCACAGGCACAGGAGAAAAGGACACAAGCACAAGCGCAAGCACAAGAGACACCAUGCACUAUCUCUUGCUCCGGCGCCCACUAUUAUUCGGAGGAGUCCCCCAGCACCACUUGCUGAUGACAUUAGUACAACCGAUUCAGAAGAGACACCAUCACCAGCACCAAGUCCUAAUGCGAAUGGAGCACAAUCAUACCAUAGGCAAGGGAAAAAUAUAUGGUCAAGUAUUGGAUUCGCUAUGGCCAUUUUGUUAUAUGUCAUCACUUGACACUUGCAACAGCCGCUAUAGAAGUCCCAUAUGACAACCAUGGAUUCACCCUAAACGGUUAUUUGGUUUGCAAAACAUAUAAAAUCAUUUAAUUUGUGCGCAACUGAAUAAUGAACAAUUGUGCUCAUAUAUUCUUAAUUUUUUUAUUUCGUUAUUUCUUUGCAUUGAGAUCUUUGCUAAAAUAUAUUAAGGAUACAAGUUUUUGAAUUAUUGGAACGAUCAGGAACUGC